AUGGGCACCACUUCAGGCCCAAUUCCCACUUUAAUCCCAAAUCCAACUCCUUUUCCCAGCCCUACCUGUGAGUCUAUUCCACAAGUUGACUCUUCCACCUCAGCUCCAUCCCUUCAUCCUUCAACCCCAGCCGACCCACCCUCUCAGACUGACCUCAUACCCAGCUCGCCGACAACGUCGCCCUCCCUGGCUUCCUCUCCGACCCCACCCGUAGCAGAUCAACCCGCCACCUUACCCGAACCACCACCACCACCUGUAGCCGACCAGCCCGCACCCUUGAUUGACCCACCGCCCGUAGCCGACCAGCCCAUCCCUUUCUCUGAGCCUCAUCGUUGCUCCAGCUGGACCACCGCACCUCCGGUCAAAUUCCGGGACUAUAUCAUCUCCCAGGUCACACUUCCCUGCUCCGAUCAGUCAUCCUCCUUGUUUCCAGGUCCAACUCACAGCACCCGUUACCCUUUAUGCAAUCAUGUCUCUUAUCACCGAUGUACGCCGGUCCACCGCUCUUUCCUUGCUCAAAUCAAUCAAGCCACUGAGCCCCGUUCCUAUUCCGAGGUUGCCGCUCAUCCUGCAUGGCAAGAGGCAAUGUAG